AUGGAGCACGAACAAAGGGUUUCAGAAGCGGGAGCGAAACUAAAGCAACCAGACGUGUGGCCAGUGGAAAUCGAACAAAUACUCUCAGCACUUGACAACUCUCAACGCGUGGCAGUGUGUGAAAACCCUUCCCAGCCACUUCUAAUCAUUGCUGGUGCAGGAAGUGGGAAAACACUCACAAUGGCCAGUCGCAUCGCCUUUCUAAUUUUAAACAACGUGGCGCCGCAAAAUAUACUUGGUCUGUGCUUUUCACGGCAAGCGGCAGAGACCCUACGUGGCCGGGUGGCCUCUGUGCUUCCACCCGCCAUGGCUGGGUUGGCCCAGAAACUGAAAUUAAAAACGUUUCAUGCCUUUGGCCUUGAGUGCUUGCGGCGUUACGCUUGUAUCGAACUCACAACGGAAGUUUAUGAUGCUCGACGCCAACGGGACCUUGCAUUCACCGUGGUGGAGAAACACGCUCAAUACUACAAAGGUGUGGAGGCUGUCGUGACGCUUAUUGAUUACGUAAAUAAGGCCAAGACGAAGAAAGAUAUGAGGGCAGGAACAGAGUUGGAUCCCUCACGACAGCCGGCGUACCUUUUCCGCUUCUACGAGUCAAUGCUGCACGAAGAACUCAACGCAGUCGACUUCGGUGACUUGGAGCAGAGGUUUCUUAAAGCGCUCCGCCCAGUGAGACAGCGAAACGAUGCCACCAGUGAGGGUAACAACAACAGCAACAGCAGCAGUUACAGCAUUUCUGCUGACGCGUCGAGCACUUUACAACUGUCACCAAUGGCCAUUCAGCUGCGGUCGCAAUACACCCAUUUUGUUGUUGACGAGUUUCAGGACUUGAACGAGGUGCAGCUGGAGUGUCUCGCACUUCUUGCGGGUGACGAGUGUCGUGUUACUUGCGUCGGAGACCCUAACCAGUGUAUCUAUGCGUGGCGUGGUGCAACAGCCGAGAGCUUUAACCUUUGGCGCAGCCGGUUCCCACGAAGUGUGAUAAUGAAACUCGAAACAAAUUACCGCAGUUCAGCAGAGAUAGUGUGCGCCGUUAACCAAGUUACACAUUUGGAGCAAAGCAGUCAUAAGGGUCAGUCAGGUACAAAUAUAACUUUAGUGAAGUGCAAAUAUGCGUGGGAGCAGUUAAAGCUCAUACCACGUAUCAUCGAACGGUUACGUGGCCGUGAUCGAUCCCUUCCUUACGGCUCCAUCGCCGUACUCUGUCGUACCCACCGCACUGUGCGCGAGCUCGUAACUGCGCUUGAGAACGAUGGUAUCCCUGUCACGGAGCUAAGGCGAGGAGCUCCAAAUUCUGUUGCUCUUGUACGCGCCCUACUAUCUUACCUUCGGUUGUGUAUUCACCCUCAUUCCAACGUUGAUGUGGAGUGUGUCAUACGUGACGCUCCCAACCACUUUGCCGCACCGUCGGCGACAAAGUUUAUAUUCGCUUUACAAGCAGAAGCCCUUACUCGUCGACUGCAUUUGACGACGGAACAACAGCUCGAAGGGCAUUACAAGUGCUCCUAUUAUACCAUAUUGCGCGAAUUGGUUCACAAUGGGUUUGCUACAUCGAGCGACAGGCUGCGUACAACGAAGCCACAGCAAAAACUCCUUCGCACAAUUAUUGAAGUGACCGCUGCUGCACACGAAGCACUCAGCAGAUUCUACUGCAACAUCGAGGAUGUGGUGCGCAGUGUGGCGGAACGCGCUGGAUUUGAUGAUGGGAGCGCGGGUGGUGCGAAGAUAAGGCACAAGGUAAACAAUGGCAUGGCGGGAGGCGGUUUCAACGGUAUUAAAAGGGCUAAGCGGCCUCGCUGUGCACCCCGUGUGGCGGCUCACCUGACGGACUCAGUGGACGUGUGGGAGGACGUUAUGAACGAAGGUGAGGAAAUAAUGUCGUCAAUACCACAGUUGCUUCUUGGCGCUUGCGAGGCUGUUCAGGAGCAGAUAAUCGCGGAGCAGAGUGCUGUUGAGGCCGAUGCGAUUAAUGGUGAUGUGCUUGGUUUUAGCGACAACAGGAGCGUGGUGAAAGCUGAGCCUGACGAGAGAAGUGUUGGAACGCAUCCAGACGUCCCAGCUGCACAACCAAGAUAUGACCCCUACACCGUACUGCAGCGAGUUAUUGACGAGUUCCUUCAGCUCUUGCCAAGUGAUGAUUUUGGUCCAAUGAAGGGUCCGGAAGCUCUAAAACCCGAGGAAAGGACAGUUACUGUGACCACUGUGCAUCAGGCGAAGGGAAAAGAGUGGCCAGCUGUCAUUAUACCGUGCUGCUAUGAAGGUGAGUUCCCGAUAGACACGCGAAAGGCUGAGGAAAAGCGGGUCUUCUACGUUGCAAUGAGUCGUGCGAUGGAGAGCCUCGUAUUUCUGACGGCUGAACAGGGGCCGCCAACAAACGCGUCAGGGCGAACAGCUGACGGGGACCACGCUCUGGAUUCCACCGGGACGGAACAGCAAUAUGUGCAGCUGCAGAUGACACCGUACCUGCGGCCCAUCUUGCAUCAAGUUAAAGUGAUAACCAUGUCUGCAGAAAGUGAAGGGCAGCAAGAGUGA